AUUAAACGAAACAAAGCGCUUUUACUUAAAUCAUAAAUUCGUAAGUAAUAACCGAAAUAGUAAUACUACGAGUAAGCUUUAUAUAAGAAAGAUGGUAUUCGAAAAGGACUGCAGCAAUAUUAUACCGCUUCGGCUGGAAAAACUUAUUGGGAUAGGUCAAGAAGGCAGAACAUAUCAAGCCGUACGCAACGACACCAAUGAAGUUGUUGCUGUUAAAUGUAUUUUACUGGAUUUCGACCAAAGCGCUCAGGAGAAGAAGAUCAAACACUAUCAAACUCAUCUGCAAAAAAUUGGGAAAUUAGAUCAUCCCAACUUGGUGCGCCAUAUCCAUUGCCAACGUGAUGCGGAACGCCACGAAAGCGGAUUGCCACAGUACCACAUCAUUAUGGAAUUUUGCAAAGGUGCACCCCUUUCUGACAUCGUGAAGACCAUCACGAUGACACCGGUACUUCUGCGAAGAUGGACGCGGCAGUUAGUGGAAGGAAUCGCUUACUUGCAUGAUGACUUGCAUUGCGUCCAUCGCGACAUUAAAGGCUCCAACAUUUUAUUGUCAUCCAUGGAUAUAAGCACGUGCCAGUUGAAAAUCAGUGAUAUGGGUGACAUGAAGUUCUUACGCUCCGAAACGACACAAGUGAACGAAGUGUCCGGCUAUAAGGGAACGUUUGCGUUCAUGUCACCGGAGAUCAUCGUCGAACUAGACAAGCAUAAUGUUGGACGACGCACUGACAUCUGGAGUCUGGGCUGUGUCGUCGUCGAAAUGGUCACUGGGCGUCUUCCCAAGUUUGUCAACAUAAGCGAUGGUCGCGAACUUACCGGAAUGCACGCUGUAAUGUAUUUCGUCGCUAUGGGCGGAUCGCCAGUCAUUCCUGACAAUUUGCCAGGUCCGGUCGCUGAUUUCAUCGGCAAUUGCCUGCGGCACAACCCGGCCGAUCGACCGUCUGCGGUAGAGCUGAAAGAGCAUUCGUUUCUCAGUGCGGAUGACAUAAUAACAUCGCCGUGAAUUAUGCCAGAUGCAGCUGCUCGAUCCAAAAGUUAUUUAAUUUCAACAUUUAUUGCGUUGGCACAACUUUCCUUCUGAUUGGGACCUUUUCUCACUCGAAUGGUUUGUUCCUUUAACUUUUGAGACUUUCGGUGUCGCCGGCCCAGCCUUUAAGAAAAGUGAGUUUUGGGUGGACUGAACCGUUCUCUUGAACAUAGAGAACCUAACCUUUCUUUCGGUUCCCUACGGUCGACUAAAACAUUAAAAUGUAUCUGUAUACGUUUCCUUACCAGUUGACUUCCGCCCCUUUCUUUUAUUUUUGAUGGUCCGAUUAGGACCUUGUUUUAUUUUUUGGAUUUUACAUUGCCCUCAGUAUUUUUGCCUUUUAUUCGGCGCGA